AUGCCACCCAAGGCCGACUUGAACAAGGCGGGCCACGAGCAGAGCGACUUUCCCUCGCUGUGCAACGUCUGCCUCGGCCCGAACCCGUACAUCCGCAUGAGCAAGCAGCCUCUCGGCGCAGAAUGCAAGGUCUGCACCCGUCCGUUCACCGUCUUCAAGUGGCUGCCCGGCCAGGGUUCGCGGUACAAGAAGACCGAGAUCUGCACCGUGUGCGCAAAGGCCAAGAACGUGUGCCAGACGUGCCUCCUCGACCUCCAGUUUGGCCUCCCGACCCAGGUCCGCGACACGGUCCUCGGCAUCAAGACCAAGGCGCCGUCGAGCGACAUCAACCGCGAGUACCACGCGCAGAACCUCGAACGAGCGCAAGAAGAAGGCGCGACGGGCGAGUUCCAGUUCGGCAAGGCCGACAGCGCCGGCAAGGAGCUCCUCAAGCGCCUCGCCCGCCAGGACCCGUCGUACAAGCGCAACCGGCCCCACAUCUGCUCGUUUUACGCCAAGGGCGCGUGCAACCGCGGCGACUCGUGCCCGUACCGCCACGAGCUGCCUGUCGAGAACGAGAUGAGCCACCAGAACAUCAAGGACCGAUACCACGGCUCGAACGACCCGGUCGCCCGCAAGAUCCUGUCGAAGCAUGCCGGCGCGUCGGGCAUGGCGCCGCCUGCAGACCAGGAGAUUACCUCGCUCUUCCUCACCGCACUCCCCGCCACCGCCACCGAGGACUCGAUCCGAGAUGCUCUCACGUCGGGCGCGGGCAUCUCGUCGAGCAAGAUCAAGUCGGUCGUGCUCGUCUCGUCGAGCAAGGUCAGCUUUGUCAACUUUACGAGCCGCGACGCGGCCGAGGACGCGGCGGCCAAGUGCAGCGUCGGGCUCAAAGUCGACAGCCACGAGGUCAAGGUGCAGUGGGGGCGGAGCAGGCCCAAGAAGGGCGGUGCGGGCGCCGUCAAGGCGGCACCGGCGGCGGUUGUCAGCGAGCGCGAGAUCGAGUCGUCGGGCCAGUGAGCCCGGCUCGUGUUCGGCUCUCUCUCGUGAGCUUUGUACCCGUCCAGUCAUUCCUCAUCCACGUUGUGCACUCUG